CUUUCAAAUUAUUAAGGCACAAAGGUCACAAACAACACUCGCUUGCCUCCAAAACCUCUCAAAUUCUCAAACCCAAACCCCAUUUUCUGCCAUUAUAGCAAAAAACCUUUCCUUUUUUCACGAGCCAAGUAAGGGAAAAAUAGCUCUCAUUCCAAAGAGAUGGAGUCAACCCCAGUAACCCACCAUCAUAUAUCAUUGCCACUUCCUUUUAACUCUUUUUAGCAAAACUGAAUGAAGGAAAAAGGCUCAUGCAGUUCUUCUGGAAUCUUAAAAGGAGAAAGCUUUGAGGGGCAAUGUGGGUAAAAAUGGGAUGUGAAGGAUGCUAUUAGUAGUAGUGAGUGGGGAAAGAGAAGACGCACGUUGAUUCAUGAUGACGCAGUGUUUCUGCGUGGAGUUUAUGUCCGGCUCUAUCUUGUUUCCAAGAUGCGCAUUUUUUGCCUUUUGCAAAGCUCUAUCUUUCUCUUCCUCCACUUCACCUUUCAUUUAGGACGCUUGCUCUCUGUUUGUUUGCUUUAAGUAUAAUCUUCCAAGCAAGACACUGCUGCAAACCUAGUAGCCUACUAACUUGUUCUCGUUAGAGUUGUGUUGCUGUUGCUUCUUCCAAUGAUGUUAAAAUCUUAAAGCUUUUGUCAUUUAGUCUUACUUGCCGGGAGGCAUUGAAGUUUGUCGGUUUUGUAAUGGAAAGUUUACCUUUUUUCUGUUAAAAGAUUUGGUAGUGAAGUGAUAAGAAAAUGAAUACCAGAGUCAGGGCGUCUCUGCAGUCUAGGAAAGUUCCAGGGAAGCAUGAAAAAGAGAAGGUAGAAAUGCAGGGGACGAAGCCAACAGUUGCCACAAAGGCAAUGAAAAAUCGACGAGCCUCAAGCAAAGAGAGAAAAAUGGCCCUACAACAAGAUGUUGAUAAACUGAAGAAGAAACUGAGACAGGAAGAGAACAUUCACAGAGCUCUGGAGAGAGCAUUUAAUAGGCCUUUGGGAGCUUUACCUCGUCUUCCGCCGUAUCUCCCUCCUUCUACAUUGGAGCUUUUAGCAGAAGUGGCAGUACUGGAAGAGGAGGUUGUCCGGCUCGAAGAACAGGUGGUUCACUUUAGACAGGACUUGUAUCAAGAAGCUGUCUAUAUAUCAUCGUCAAAAAGGAACAAGGACAAUUCAGCUGAUUUGUGUGAGCCUAGCCUCGAUAAGAGUCCUAAACCUGAGCAACCUAAGAUUUUAACUCGAGAUACAUCCAUGGCAAGGCAUUUGCAAUCCUUUUCGGAUGAUGGAAGAGGAAAAGAGAACCAGUCCUGUUCUAAUUCCACAAAGAGCAACAAGGGAUCUUUGGUACAUAAAAGCCAAUCAGCAAGAACUCCAGUGAAGAGACCUCUGAUUGAUUCAAAACCACCAGAGAAAAGUCUAGAUCCCCAAAAGUUGCAGCUAGAAUGCAGAAUCAGAGACCGAGAUAAUACAGAAGCAAGAAUUAUUAGCACUCCAGAUAAGAAACAGUUGGGAGACGAUGAACCGAAUAAAGUUUCUGAGGAACUUGUAAAAUGCUUAUCCAGCAUUUUCUUAAGAAUGAGCUCAACAAAAAGAAAGUCCACUGCAGAAGGUUUUCCUUCAAUAUCAAUGUUAGGGUCCCAAGAAAGCAGUGAAGAGACAGAAUUUCGGGAUCCUUAUGGUACUUGUUCAAAUUUUGGAAGGAGAGAUAUCGGUCCAUAUAAGAAUUUAUUUUCAACUGAUGCUAGCUCAAUCAAUCCAAACCGAACAUCAAAUUCUUUAUUUCUGCUGCGCAGGUUGAAACUCCUCCUGGACAGACUUGCCUCCUCCAACUUGCUGAACCUCAACCAUCAGGAGAAACUUGCAUUCUGGAUAAAUGUCUACAAUUCCUGCAUGAUGAAUGCGUUCUUAGAACAUGGAGUACCAGACAGCCCAAAGAUGGUUGUGGAAUUGAUGAGAAAGGCAACAAUAAAUGUUGGGGGACGCUUGCUAAAUGCAAUAACUAUUGAACAUUUCAUUCUCAGAUUGCCUUACCACUCAAAAUUUGUCUUUUCAAAGGGUGUCAAAAAUGAUGAAAUGACUGCCAGGAGCAUGUUUGGAUUGGAAUUAUCUGAACCAUUGGUAACAUUUGCCCUCUCAUGUGGAAGCUGGUCCUCUCCUGCCGUGCGAGUAUAUACUGCUUCCCAAGUUGAGAAUGAAUUGGAAGUGGCAAAGAGAGAGUACUUACAGGCUGCAGUUGGAAUUUCGUCAACCAAGUUUGCAAUCCCAAAGCUGUUGGACUGGUACUUGCUUGAUUUUGCUAAGGACUUGGAUUCGUUGCUUGACUGGAUUUGCCUGCAAUUACCUAGUGAACUAGGUAAAGAAGCAAUUAAGUAUCUUGAAAGAGCUAAAAGUGAGUCUCUUUCACAGUUUGUUCAAAUUAUGCCGUAUGAGUUCAGCUUUAGGUACCUUUUAUGCACAUAAUAAAUUUAUUUUGUCUUCACUUAAAAUUUUGCUUACACAGUUUUAAGGUUGUUAGAGUAUUGCUUUUGUACACAGUCUUAGGUUAGAUGUAAAACCGAAAGGUGUAAUAUAGUCUCUCCUAUCUUUAAUUGUAAGUAGUUGUGACAGGAAUGUUCAUCAGGGGAUUUUUGCAUGUAAUUAAUAAGUACGCAUUGGGAAGAGCUAUACAGAAAAAGUGAUUAUUUUUCCAA